AUGGCGGUGGCAGAGGAAACCGGUGGAGGCACUGUGAUCGACGAGAGUUAUGAGUUCUCGGCGCCGCGAUUCUUCGAUUUCAAUAAAGGAGAAUCCAACGAGGAAACUCUUAAGGCCGAGCUCUGGUUCGACACCGCUCUAUCCUACGCUCCUUCUCCAUUCAUGCCUAAAAUCAAGACUGCUAGAUCUAUUACCGUAGAUAGCUUGUGUGAUUUUAGCGAAGCUGACAAAAUGCAGAAGAUUUUAGCUAAUGCUGAUGAUAAGGUUGUGGAAACCAAAAUGCCUCCAUGCCUGACUACUGAAAUAAAGGAAGAUGAAGCUGACAAAAUGCAAAAGACGUCAGAAAAUGUUGAUGAUAAAGUUCUGGAAACCAACUUACUACAACCACAGUGCAUGACAACGAAGGAAGAUGAUGCUCCUUGCCCUGAUAAGGAAAGAAGUGAGAGUGAUUGUAAAGAGGAUAGAGCCUGUGCUGAAGUAGCAAAAUAUGCUUGCACCCCAAAUCCAACAUUGCAGAAAAAAGUCUUGGCAUCAUCCACGAAUUCCAAGAAGCCACAGAAUAAGAAAAUAGCCACGAAUACAAAAGCUCAGUUACAGUCGGGGACCAAGAAGAACAUUGCGGGGACUCCUCACUUGGCCCAAGAGAAUCAAGCUAUUAAGAGGCAAAAAUUGGAAGGAGGAAAAACUAGACAGAUUCUGAAUGUCAAACAUCAAACUUUGCCUCAUAAUAAGUCAAAAUUGGGUUUAACCACUGGCAACGUGUCUUCAAGCACUAGUAAAACUUACAAAGAGGACAGAAAGGUUUAUGUUCGUGAAACACCAACAACACCAGCAUCUGUACCAUUUGUAUCAAUGGCAGAAAUGAUGAAAAGAUUCCAGUCUAGUACGAGAGACCUCUUGAUCCAGACGAAACCAAAACUCACAUUGACCAGGCCUAAGGAACCUGAAUUUGAGACAACUCAGCGGGUUCGCCCAGCUAGGGUGAAGAGUAGUGCUGAACUUGAGGAAGAAAUGAUGGCCAAAAUGCCAAAAUUCAAGGCUCGACCAUUGAAUAAGAAGAUUUUGCAAACUGCAACUUUGCCUCCCAUUCCCAGAAGUACACCACAGCCACCAGAUUUUAAGGAAUUUCAUCUGGAAACCUCAGCUAGGGCCCAUCCAAAUGCAGAUUCAGCUUCAAUAGCUUCAACAGAGGUAUCUCAAAAGGAAAAUUCAUGGAAGCUUCCUCAUCUUACAGAACCUAAAACACCGGUACUCCAAACGUCACUAAGAGCCCGUCCACCCAAGGUGAAAAGCUCAUUAGAAUUAGAGCAAGAGGAGCUUGAAAAGAUCCCUAAGUUCAAGGCAAAACCUCUAAAUAAGAAGAUCUUUGAAAGUAAAGGGGAUAUUGGAGUAUUCUGCCAUACCAAGAAACAUGUUACCGAGCCUCAAGAAUUUCACUUUGCCACAAAUGAGAGGAUUCCCCCACCUGCUACUGUGGCUGAUUUAUUUGGCAAGCUAUCUUUGAAGUCUGAACCUGCACGUGACCACAACCCACUUCCAAGAAACACAAUACCAAAUCCAUUUCAUCUCCACACAGAGGAAAGAGGUGCUGAGAAAGAGAAGAAACUGAUCAUGGAACUUCUGCAUAAACAGUGGGAAGAGGAAAAUGCAAGGAUUCCCAAGGCUAAUCCAUACCCUUAUACCACUGAUUACCCUGUGAUUCCACCAAAACCUGAACCCAAGGAAUGCACAAAACCAGAGCCAUUCCAAUUGGAGAGCCUAGUGAGACAUGAGGAAGAAAUGCAAAGGGAACUGGAAGAAAGACUUAGAAUGGAAGAAGAAGAGGCUCAGAUGAGAGAGUUUAAGGCUCAACCAAUCUUAAAAGAGGACCCAAUCCCCGUUCCAGAAAAGGUCCGCAAACCUCUCACACAAGUUGAGGAGUUUAAGUUACACGUGAAUCAUCGGGCUGUGGAUAGAGCUCAAUUUGAUGAAAGGAUUAAGGAAAAAGAGAUGAUGUACAAGCGGUACAGAGAGGAGAGUGAAGCAGCAAGAAUGAUAGAGGAAGAGAAAGCAUUGAAACAGUUGAGAAGGACGAUGGUGCCUCAUGCUAGACCAGUUCCCAAUUUUGAUCAUCCGUUUUAUCCUCAAAAGUCUUCGAAGGACACGACGAAACCCAAGUCACCAAAGUUGCGUGUAGUCCAUAGAAAGGAGAGACGAAAGGUAUUCAAUGGAACCGUAAUCUCGAGUCCUGCCGCUAACAUGAGAUGA